AUGAAACCUUACCUCCCACCCGAAAUCAUCCUUCUCGUUGCAGGACACCUCUCUCCUUCUCACCUGGUGUCCUUGCUUCGCGCGGCACCUGGACUGUCGCCAUUGCUGACUCGUCGCCAUGCUUCACUACUGCAUUACCUCGCGGAAGAGGGAGACGGUACGUUGAUGGCCUUGCUUGUUGCAAAUGGCAAUUUCACCCCGGACCUGAAGGACGAAAACUCGCGGACGCCUUUGUCGUGCGCCGCACAAAGCGGACACCAAGGGGUGGUAAAGCUUCUGCUUGAGCGACAAGAUGUCGACGCCAACUCGAGGGACGACGAUGGUAUGACACCGUUAUCCCGGGCGGCGUCGGAUGGACAUGAAGCAGUGGUAAAGCUUCUGCUUGAGCGACAAGAUGUCGACGCCAACUCGAGGGACAACAGUGGUAUGACACCGUUAUCCCGGGCGGCGUCGGAUGGACAUGAAGCAGUGGUAAAGCUUCUGCUUGAGCAGUGUGGUAAAUAA